AUGGAGAGAGUGAUCAGCACCACGCCCAUCCUCGACCAAGCGGUCAGAUGCGUGCAGUCAUACAAUGCUCUCAUAGCAACCGCCCAAGGGCUCGCCAGUUCGGAGCUACAGCGUAACAUCCAGGAGGGACUCGAGCAAUUCCUGACCCAUAUGCCCGAGUUCCACAUCAUGAUCAACCCCGUCCACACAUCGUGGGACUACAUCCUGCGCAACAACCCCAGCCAACGCAGCGAGAUGACCAUGGUCCUCAUGGAGCUGCAGUGCGAGAUCGACCAGGUGACCUUCGCGCUCCGCCAAGCGACGCCGCCGCACCCCGAACCCCAGGACGACGGCCGCCUCGUCGACGAGUGGACCGAGAACCUGCGCAGCGUGGAGGACCACGCGGUGUGGCGCCUGACCUUCUGGCGACGCGACCACGCGGUGCACACCACGUACCCAGCCCCCAACCCGCCGAUCACGCAGUCCUUCUACUGCUCCAUCCGCAACGAGCUCGGCCUCGACGUCUCCACCCAGUUCCGCGAGUGCAUCCGCGAUGCCAUCACACAGGAAUGCCCGACCAUCACCGCGCGGCCGGCCCUCCACCGCCGACUCGUAGACCUCGUCGUGCAGCGACGGCGGUUCUGGAACUUCCAGCGCCGCAUCCGCGGGCUCACCAAGGACGCCGUCCUCUGGGGACAAGACACUUCCGUGCUGCCACGGUUCCCCCUCGCAGACGAGCGCUUCACCUGCCCGUUCUGCUUCUUCGACCUGUCCGUCGCCGCCCACCUCAGCCCACGGGCCUGGAAGGACCACGUGAUGAGCGACCUGGAGGGCUACGUGUGCCUGUACGAGACCUGCUCCUCCAGCCAGCCCUGGCCCGACGCCUGCCCGCACGCCUGCACCUCCUUCGGCGCCUGGUUCGCCGCCAUGGCCGGCAACUUCGCCGAGGGCGUCGAGUGGUGCAGCCACGCCUUCGCCUGCGACGGCCGCCGCCUGGAGGAGGUCCACCGCCCGCACACGGCGGCGCCCCCCGUGCGCCUGGACAGCGUCUGUCCGCUGUGUGGGCGGGAGCCCUCCGCCGAGGAGAUGGAGCUCCGCGUGGCGGAUCCCACGGACUUCCCCCUGAACGACGAUGCGGACCGCCGCAAGGCCAGGCUACUGCUGUCGCAUAUCGCGGCCCAUCUAGAGGUGAUUGCGCCGAUGGCGUUUACCUGGAAUACCGAUCGGAAUACCCUCGAUCCGGAUCAGAGGUUGUUUUGGGGGGGGUAUUGAGACGCCGGGGGUUGUAGGAGUUUUGGGUUAGCUUGCAUCUGGGGAUUAGGGUUUUGUAAUGACAUAGUCAGCCAGUCCAUGUUCAAUGACUUUUCAUGAC